CAUGAUCUUCCCCAAGAGCCCACUGAAUUAAUAGGAUGGACUGAUCUGACCCUCUCAACUCCUGCUGUUCAGUGGAGCCAUCUACCUGCUGUUUGCAGAAAGAAGAAAGAUGGAAAGUAAUGCAGUUUUGCUAGAAUCAAAGUCCUCACCGAUAAAUCUUCUGAACGAAAUGCAUCAGUUGCGUCUUCUGGGCCACCUUUGUGAUGUGACGGUUAGUGUGGAGUAUCAAGGUGUUAGGGGAGAGUUUGUUGCUCACAAAGCUGUAUUGGCAGCAACAAGCAAGUUCUUCAAGGAGGUGUUUCUUAAUGAGAAGAGCAUGGAUAGCUCAAGGACAAACGUGUUCUUGAACGAGGUCCAGGUAGCUGAUUUUGCUUCAUUUCUUGAGUUUGUCUAUACUGCCAAGGUAGAAGUGGAGGAAGACCGAGUGCAACGUAUGCUGGAAAUAGCUGAAAAGCUUAAGUGCUUGGACCUGUCUGAAACCUGUUUUCAGCUGAAGAAGCAGAUGCUUGAAUCCGUGUUGUUGGAGUUGCAAAAUUUCUCUGAAUCGCAGGAUGCUGAGGAGGACAGUGGUACCCAAUCAAAUGCUUUACUUGAGUUGAAGACAACUGUUGUGGCAGAAGGUGACCAUACAGACUGUCUUCCUGAUUCUCCCAGUUCCCCCAUGGAAAGACCCAGCAAUGGAGUGUCCCCUGAGAGGCCAACUGCCAAAUCAAAAGAGAAGGUUGACAAGAAAAAAGAAACCAUGAAGCCUCCCUAUGCCAAAAUCAGAAGGGCCAGUGGGAGGCUGGCUGGGAGGAAAGUAUUCGUAGAAAUCCCCAAAAAGAAGUACACAAGGCGAUUGAGAGAGCAACAGAAGAAUGCCGAGGAUGCUACUGAAGAGAACAAGUUCCCAAAAGACCAAAUCAUGCAUGAUGUGGAGAAGGAAGAGGGGCAAGCGGAGAACAGUGUGAAGCCUGAGAAUGAAGAGUGCAAUGGCAACUUUGAAUUAGAAGACAACUUUAAAAAAUCAGAGGAGGAGAAGAAGAAACGAGGCGGCAACUUCAAAUGCAGCACGUGCAAGAAGGAAUUCCUGUAUGAGAGGAGCUUCCUCAAGCACAUAAAGCACAGUCAUGGCAUUGCGGCUGAAAUCAUUUACCGGUGCGAAACCUGCGGUCAGACCUUUGCCAACCGGUGCAAUUUAAAAAGCCACCAACGCCACGUCCACACCAGUGAGCGCCACUUCCCUUGUGAACUCUGUGGUAAGAAGUUCAAGAGGAAGAAGGACGUCAAGAGGCACAUUCUUCAGGUUCAUGAGGGUGGUGGGGAGCGUCAUCAGUGCCAACAGUGUGGAAAGGGUUUGAGCUCCAAAACUGCUUUGAGGCUUCAUGAAAGGACGCAUACAGGCGACAAGCCUUAUGGGUGCACAGAGUGUGAGGCUAAAUUUUCUCAGCCUUCUGCACUUAAAACACACAUGAGAAUCCACACUGGUGAAAAACCAUUUGUCUGUGAUGAAUGUGGUGCAAGAUUCACACAGAAUCACAUGCUUAUAUAUCAUAAAAGGUGUCACACAGGGGAAAGGCCUUUUAUGUGUGAAACAUGUGGGAAGAGCUUUGCCUCUAAGGAGUACUUGAAACACCAUAAUAGAAUACAUACCGGAUCCAAGCCGUUUAAAUGUGAAGUUUGCUUCAGAACAUUUGCACAGAGGAAUUCGCUUUACCAGCAUAUUAAAGUUCACACGGGUGAACGGCCCUAUUGUUGUGAUCAGUGUGGUAAGCAGUUCACACAGCUCAACGCAUUGCAGCGCCAUCAUCGGAUACACACGGGGGAGAAACCGUUCAUGUGCAAUGCGUGCGGGCGAACAUUCACGGAUAAAUCCACCUUGCGGCGGCACACUUCAAUACAUGAUAAGAAUACACCCUGGAAGUCUUUCCUGGUUAUUGUUGAAGGAGUGUCUAAGAACGACGAAGGUCACAAGACAGAGCUUCCUGAUGAAGAGUAUCAUGUGUCACCUAAAAUAACAGAGAAGUUGCUGUCUUUUUCUGAAAAUGGCCACUAUCAAAACUUGACUGCUGUCCCAGGGAGUGUGACUGCACUGCAUGAAAACAGUUCUUCUAUCGGGACAGACUGCAAAUCGGAUGGGACUGUGGGACCCCAAGAAGCCCUCCUAGCUACCACCUUAAGUGAACUUACGGUACUACAUACACAGACAGAUGCCAUUCAGCCACAGCUCCAUGCUCUGGUGAAUAUGGAAUAAUUUGGUAUUGUUCACCAACCCAGCCUAGGCCAUACCUCUAAUAACUUCUGACUUUGCCAGGAACCUAGUGAUGUAAUUAGGAGAAAGCAUAGCCCCUAAAGGAAGAGGGACUAGUCGUGGAUGACAUUCAUGGCAUUCAUGUCCUCCUCACCCUUAAAACACCACCAACCUGUAAUCUUCAAUUUGCAUAGUCUAGCGGUAGCUCCUUUUCCCGGCUGAUAGUUGUUGUUCUACUUUAUUCAUUUCUUGAUUUUUCUGUACCCUCUGUUAUGAACGUGGGAAAUAAUACAGUCACUUCAGAGAGCAGUUAACCUCAAGCAGAGCAUAUGAAGACCUGCCAUUGUUUUAAUCUCUGGAAAUCUGACUAUGCAGUCUCCUCUUUGCUACCCUUCCUGCAAAGGUGUGGUAAGCCCUUCUUCCUUUUGUUCGGAUGGCUUGAGUGCAGCUCCCUUAGAAAGGAAGGGAUGUGGGUUUUUUGUGUUGUUUCUUUUCCAAUUCGAUUCCACAUGAGUGAACAAAACAGAAAUAUUGUGUUUGUUGCUUGUGGGCCUAACAGUUAAUGGAAUUAAAUACUUUCCUAGUAAAAGUUUGUAAGUAGAAAAUAAAAUUCUGUUAAAUUUCA